AAUUGCUCAUUAUGAAAGGCCAAAGGAUGGUGUUCAACAAUUUGCCUUAAAUAAUUUGAUAGCUUCAAUAGAUUCUUCUGAAACUGUUAUAUCAGAUACCCAACUUUCUCUUUCGGCAAAUACACUUCCUACUAACAACUUGUACCAAGAAUUUAAAUCUGCAAGACAAAUUUAUCAAGCAA